AUGGUGGUGCUGAGACGUCUCUUUCAUGCGGAGAAAACCCCACCGACCCCAGUGCCAGGGGACCGGGAGUCCCAAACGCAGAGCUUUCGAGGCCGGCCUCCCAGUUCAAUGACUUCGGCAUUGAGCGAGAAUGAGCAUUUCCAGAAUAUCGAGAGGCAGUUCGAGGUGCUGCAUGAUCAGCUGAAAGAACGGCCCUUGUCUCCGGCCUCGCAAGCUCCACCCUCUCGACCAUCAAGCCGGCUCACGAAUAGGAACCCACGUCAUGUCGACCUUCUCGAUGCUCUCUUUUCCUCCCAUCGGUAUCGGAUGCAGUCUGCUAGCACACUGUCUCCCAUCACGCCCUUCAAUGAGGAUGUAGCCGAACGUAAUAUGGUGCCGUUCCUUCGACAGCGGAACGGGUUGAAGCGGAGAUCUUAUACCCGCAUUAUUUCGGCUCUAUAUCAGGAAGAUGUGGCGGAUCGGAAUAUGGCUCAGAAUGCACUAUUCCCCGCUGCUAGGCGGCUCACAAAAAGCCAGUCGUAUCAGAUGGAUGACCGAGGACAGAGGGACGGUGCCAGAGGUCGGGCCCGUUCGAGAUCCAGAGAAAGUCAACUCGUCAACUCAAUCUCACAGGAAGCUCUAUAUUCUGUACCUAAAUCCGUUCGCGACCAGGUGGCUGCCCACUCCAAUAAUUCAGAUACAUCUGGAGAAGGUCUACGGACUCAGAGAUCGGCCCCAGCACUAUCUGAACAGACCCCUACAUCGGAAGAUGGUAUCUCACAAAAAUUAGGUGUGCUUCCCGCUCACAAGCAAGGGGAGUCUUGGACCAACAGGCCGCUACCGGAUAGCCCAACUUUGCCCAUCACACCUGUCAAUCGGGGACAGCAAGAAUCAUCUACAAGUCCGCGGUUACCAGGGAACGGGAGGCCCCCAAUGGUUCCACGAUCAGGAUCAAAGAAGAACAUCCUGGAUCUGUCCAUCAACACCGAGUUGGCCGCUCGGGGAAGGCCAAAAAAGAUAGCACACAAGGCCAUCCAACCCCCAACCCCUAACAACCAUGACGCAACGAAGAACCCUAGCAUUGCAGAGAUCAUGAACAGCCCUCUACCAGUUGCAACGCCAACGCCGUCCCCAUUACCUAGCUCGAAUCAAAAAGUAGCCGAGAUCAUGGAAAUGUUCCGCAAAGCGUACACCUCCACUCAGGCGUUAACACCGCACCCAACAUUCGAAACUCUUCAAGAUGCCAUCAUCCGCGAAAUCAACUCCCACGAGGCCUUUCAACGGGUUCCCGUCCCCGAGCAAGGGGCCCCAUUCACUCCGUCACCCUCUCAAGACUCGUUCGAGAGCGCCACGCCACCGAAGCCAAUUGCUCUCAAGGAGGGCCAACGGCGACGCCGCAAGGGCUCGUUCAUAAAACCCCGCCGCAACUCAGAAGCACGGAAGAGUAUCUCCACGAGCGACCCGUCCAAUGCUUCCCGUCGGGAUCUCAAUGUUCCCAGCCGCCGGCGACAUACUGAUGCUCCACCCCCUUCACCUGGCUUUUUCGAGACAUUAAUCCCCCAACAUCCCAAUUCUCCUGAGGAGCCGGUCACCUACAUGGAUCUUCUUCUCCAUUCCAAGAAUUCCACCGAAACCAACGGGAAGGGAAUUAGCACUUUGAGUACAAGCGGCGCAAACCACUCCAGUUUCAAUACAAAGCCCUCGGUCCUCUGUAUGCGCGCCCAAACUUCGCCCACCAGCGAUAGCCCAACGGGAUUUCACGACUCCGACAGCGAUUCAGAUAUCAUCCAUCUUCCCAGCGUCAGCAGCAUUCCGCAGGUAAAGGUUCACGGCGUCGAGAACGAUGUGGCCGACACCACAGAGAGCACGACAUCACGGAAAGCUUACCGAUUAGUGAACUGGCCAAAACGUCAAGCCGCGGUGCAAGUUCGCGCAGUUCGUUCGGGAAGAAUCGUACAACGAGUGGGCAGUCGAUAG